UCAUCUUUAUGGGUUCAGUAAUUCUUCAUUCUAUUUGACAUGAAGGUUAUGGUUUCGUUUAUAAUUUGUACUCGUGUAACAGUAGCCAAUGAGAGGUAACAUCCGGUAAACCAGCGGGCGGCCAUCGGUGCUCAUUUUCAUUAGUAUGGUCGAUGCUCCUCUUUCCGGCAGCCGGCGUCCAUUUUCCCUGGCGGCUUGUCGACCCUGUUGGCGCGUCUUUAGUCUGUGCGUGGAUUAUUUCUCAUUCAUCAAAUAACUAAGAGAAGAGUAAAGUGCAAUUAAGUUAUUCCACGGGCGACUCAAGAGACUUAGAGAGUAAGUUAUUGAUAAUGGAGGGUGCGCCAGGGAGGGGUGUCUUUAGGGGUCGCGGAGGACCUGGUGGACCUCCUAUGCGAGGACGCGGUGGAUUUGGUGAUAGAGGAAGGGGUGGUCCUCCAAGAGGAGGAAUGAUGAGAGGACGUGGUGGUGGUCCUGGAGGUGGUAUGCGUGGUGGGCCACCAGGCAUGCGUGGACGAGGAGGUCCACCUCUUCGAGGUGGUCGUGGUGGACACUUUCCACCGGGAGGUCCUCCAGAACCAGGAAUGGGUCCAGGCAAUGGCCCACCUCCUCCAGGAAUGGGCGGACCUCCUAGAGGAGGUAGAGGCGGGAUGGGAGGAGGCUUUCGUGGAAGAGGUAGAGGCGACUUUGGUAGAGGAGAUUCUCGGGGAGGUGGUGGUCUCUUCCGAGGUCGUGGCGGUAUGGGCAUGGAUCGUGGUGGUACGAGAGGUGGAUCUAGGGGUGGUGGAAUGCAAAGAGGAGGACCAGGAGGUAGAGGUGGUUACAUAGAUCGUGGUAGAGGAGGAGGUGGCGGUGGACGUGGUGGACCUAUGAAACGUGGAGGAGGACCUCCAGGUGCCAGUGGACCUCCUAAAAGACCCCGAUAUGAUCAACCACCAGUACAAUCUGCAAAUGGCUAUGCCACACAGCCACCUAGCCAAGGUUAUGGAGGAGGCGCGGGUAAUGGCUACGGCGGAGGACAGCAACAACCUCCUCAGCAACAACAGCAAGUAGGAGGUUACGGUGGUGGAAAUGGUGGUGGUGGAAGUACCGGCGGAGGAGGAUACGGAGGUCCACAGCAAAGUGGUGGUUAUACACAAUCAUCCUAUCAAGGAUACGAAAGUUAUCAACCUCCGGAUUACGUACCACCAGCGGGUUACGGAGCAACAGUACCACCUGAUAGCAGGUACGGAGGAGCUCCUGCUGUUCCUGCUGCUGGGGCAUACAACACAGGCGAUCCCUACGGUUACAACAAAGCUCCUUCCGCCAGUUACCAGCAGGGGGCAGUAGGAGCUGCAGUGGCUGCAGGCAGUGGGGCAUAUGCCCCUAGCAAUCAUUACGAUGACCGAUCCUCUAAUGCCACCAACGUCACCAACGAGGGUGGCUACUCCACACAAACCUAUGAUUAUUCAAAUCAAGAUGGCUCAUACGGGAAGCAGGAUUACGGUGGCAGUGCUGGUUACCAAAACGCCCAGUCUCAGCGACGCUAUUAAAUAUUUAAAAAUUCGACUAUUUAAUUUUAAUUAUCAAAACAUCACUAUCUUUUCCAAAUUAAUUUAAACUCGUAAUUCCCACCGCGUGAUAAACGCGGACUCGCGUAUUACAAUGAGCACGAUAAAUUGCUGGAAUGCUUUUCAAGUAUUUCUAAACAAACAAAAAAAAUGCUAACGACUUUAGGUAAUAUAGUUACAUUCGAUUGCCGGCACGUACAAAACGAUUGCGUGAUCUCAUAAUACCAGAGUUUAUCGCGUGGCUGGGAAGAUUGCACACAACGUGGAUUAGCGCGAACAUAAGAAACGAAAAAGGAAAAAAAAAACAAAUCCGAUCAAAGGAGGUUCCCAAUGAGAUCGAAUAUGAUAAAACGACAAGAUCGUUUUUUCUAUUUUACCUGACUAACAGUAAAAGUAUCUACGUCGUGAAUUGGUUAAUUAAAUUUGUAAAUUUAAGUAAAAAUAUUUUUUUUUCCGACGGAGCACCGAUUAUUUUACGCCAGUCUAGUAUCAAGAUCGAUGAAUAAUAUCGAUUUAUCGAUUGUCGCGACGAUACGGAUCGAUUCUCGUCGUUGCGAGGUCGUUAUCAACGGGCGAGCAGGUUUGAUUUAAUUAUAAUAACGCAAAGGUGAGAUUGACAGUUAUGAAAUAAAGAACAAAGAGAAACAUUAAAUGAACAUGUAAAAGAUUAUUGGAUGAAAAUCCACUCGUUUGUAAGUAUACGAAGAGUUUUUUUUUGCUUUCUCACGCUCGUAUCGCUAUAUGAGAUUCACUCAUCCAUUGUAUUUUAUGCACGGCCAAACCGACAUGAAAACGCAACUUCUUUCAACCAGCCGUUUUAUUUUCCCCGUUUCUGUUAAUAUAUAUAUAUAUUUAACAUAUAUAUGUAUAUAUAUACAUAUAAAGAGAGAGAGAGAGAGAGAGAGAGAGAGAGAGAGAGAGAGAGAGAAUGUGUGCGUGUGCGCGCGUGUGUGUAUGUGUGUGUUAGUUCGACGUAUCGAUAUAAUCUAUUAAAAAGUUUUAAUUCAGCUUAGCCCAAUCCUUAAAGGAAUUUUUUUUCAAAAUGUCAAUGGGACAAUCGAGCAUCUAUACUGCGCUGCUCAAAAGCAGACAAUUAUAUAUACGUACGUGUUAAUUAAUUCGAAUAUGCGUAGAGUCGUUUAACGUUCGUUUAAUUAAUUGAUUAUUAUCACGCAAAGACUUAUGAUCUAUUUUUACUUUACUUUCUCUUCAUUUUUUUUUUUUUUUCAUCACGCACGUCAUAUUUCUCCGGCAUCCAUCUUGUGUAUCGUGACGUAUGUCGCAUGGGAUUUGGGACCGAGAAAUCUUUUGACGGAAAGUUUUAUAAAAUUUGAAUUCAAACAUUGAUCUUUUUUCACGUAUUCUUGACAGAAUGACAAUCAGUCAGUGAAACACGUUUUAAAGUACAAGUCUCGUAUUGAAAGGAGGCGUAAUUUCUCAUGACUUGCUGUGACUCUCAUGACUUUUCUCAUGAAUACGAAGAAGAAGGAGAAGAAGAAAAAUUCAUUAUUCUUUCGUGACAGUACACACACUCCUAACCUAAUAUUGGUUCGUCCAAUAUUCUGUUUUAAUAUAAAAAGUUAUUAUUAAUUAACCAAUAGCUAAUUUAUUAUACAAAACUCAUUGUCGUAAUGUCAUCCUAAUAGACGUAGUGUCGAACAUCUAAUAUUGUAAGCAAUAGAACGAACGUCGAAGUGCAAGGAAGAUUGAAAAAAAAAUUAUCACAACAAAAAGCAAUAUCUCUUACGUUUAUUAUUACCUCACCUUGUUCUGCGAAGGAUGCGUUUCACGAGAAGAUAUUGCUUCGAGUAUCUGGGAAACCAGCAACUGCCCUAGGGAAAGAGCGAUAAGAUAAAGCAGAAAGAAAGAAAACAAAAAAGAAAAUCGACGUUACACAUUAUCAAUGCGUUAUCGGCUCUAAACGAAUGUAAUAUAGCAGGUAAAUUUUAAUUGAAGUCAAAUCUUAGGUAUAGAGUAUAAAGGUGUAAGACACGCAGGUAAAAGACACUUUAUUGACUCUUUUUUUCUUUUUAAGUCAAACACGUUGUAGAGAACAAGGAUUUAGGUUUUUUUUUUAUUUUUAAAAAAAUAAUCCCUUACGUCAUUCGUACGUAUCGUCUUAUCGUCGUUGUAUUUAUAACUCGCGUUUAAUUGUCUUUUUUUAAUAAAUAUUUUGUCAUCGCACGUGUACACGUAACACAACGAAAUUGCGAAUGAAAAUUUAAUGAACGUAUGAAAAUAUUUCUGCGAGGGAGUUUGACGCAAUUGAAGUUUAUUCCACAGGCGUAGCGACCACCUGAGAAACUCAGAAAUCAGAAAGAACGAAAGAGAGAAUAUCCUUCCUGAGUUACCAGCAUACCAGAGAUACCGAUACUGAAAGUAUAUGCAAAUAAUAAUACAAAUAUCGUAUUGAUAAAAGUGUAGCAUUAAUUUGAGAGCGACGGUAUAUAUAUAUUUAUAUAUUUAUAUGAUAAAGUACUUUUAAAAUCUCAAUAUACGGUUUGCUCUAUGAUUAACGAUGAAGUUUGUUGGUUGAAAAGAAAAAAGAGAAAAAUUCAAGAGAAAUAUACAAAACAAUAAUAUAGUGACACUGUGUGUAAAAUAUUUCAUGAAACCGUAUAUAGUAGUUUUCUUUAUUAUUGGAUCAAUAUUAAAUAACUUGUUGUUUGAGUGAAAAAGAUGAAAUAUCGAUAACUCAUUAUUAAACGAUAUGCCAUUCAUUGCUCUCGUUAUUAUUAGUAUCUGUUACAUCAUUUAAUUAAUAUUUGAUAGAAGUUCUUUCAUCCUCCGAGCUAUUACGACUAAUUUAUCACACUGAUGUGUGUAAUGAGGUUACAUGGAUUCUUGCAUACGUAAUAUACGUAAUGUACUCAAUACAAUGUACGAUGGAAAAAGAAAGACACGUUGCGCGAGAGACAUCCUUAAGUGGUUUUCAAUUAUACUGAAUGCAAGUCGAGACAAUGUCGUUAACAAAAUGAAAUGAAAGAAAGAAACGUGAAAGCAAUGAAUAAGAAAAGAAAAUAUAUGACGUACAGUAAAUCUGCGCUAUACCUUUAAAAAAAAACCUUAAAAUAUCAAAUGCUCGUGUAGACCUCAGCCCAAGCUCAGGAUGACAACUCUUGACUCCUGCACUUUUGGCCAUGACGAACGGAAUCAUCUUGAAUUGUAUCUGCCACAUGACUGGCUCCAGUGCUUAAUGCAACAUCAUCAAGGAAUUGGACCUAGGCUUGAUGUCCUUUGACGGCCAGCAUCAUCAGAAUAUGUGGAAAGUUUAUUGAGCCAUCCAUUCUCAAGUAGUAUCACUGAUGUUUUCUAGUACAGUAUCAAUUUAUAUAUUUUACAAAUAAACCAAUAUUACUGAAGUGUCAAAA